AUGCCGUAUAUGAUGCCACCAAAUUUUGGCAUGCAAUACCCUUAUCUUCCUUACGGUUAUCAUCCAGCUGCGGGAAGCAGCUAUGUUCCAUCCCAUAUGAAUUUUCCUACCACGGAGUCGAUUGAGCCACCGACACCCCGGUUCAGUAGCGGAUCUAUAGAAAUCCCGGAUUUUUCCACCCAGAUCUCUUUGGAAAAUGUUGGUGGGGAUACUCAUAGUUUUCUACCUCCAACCCAACAACCAACAAAGAGAUCAAGUUACGAUAGUUGGAGCACAGAAGACAACAUAAUUCUGCUAACUGCUUAUUUUCACGCUAGUAAUGAUAGUGAGCUGGGGAACAACCAAAAAGGUGAAACUUUCUGGGGUAAAAUUACACAUUAUGUGAAUGAGAAUGGCAAGAGUGGAAAAGAGAGGACCAUAGCUUGGUGCCAGAGUCAUUACAAAGACAUCAACAGAAAAAUUUCCAGUUUCAUUGGCUGUUAUAGUACUGCAUGUAGGGAGAAGCAAAGUGGUUGGUCUGAUGAAAACUACAUAUCCAAAGGCAGGGAGUUGUACUUUGAGAAAAUGGGUACAUCGUUUAAUUUGGUGGAUGAGUGGAAGGUUGUUCGCAAUCAACCAAAAUAUAUGCCAGGAGUAGCAGUAUCGGGUAGUAGCGGUUCGAAAAGAAAGAGUAGUAGUGAAGAUGUUGAAUCCUCCGUUCCUACCCUCGUACGUCCUGAGGGUAGGGACACGACAAAGAAGAAAGCUAAAGCUUCGUCCAGUAAACCAAGGAAAUCGAAGCUCGAACUUCAGGAUGAGUUAUCCAAUAUAGUCACCUCUCGUGAAAAGGCGGAAGCGAAUAGAGCAAGUACUGUUGAAGCUAUGAAUGUCCUAGCUCGUGCCAAGAAUAUGGAGACGUGGAGAUUUUUGAAAAACAAACCAGAUCGUGACGAUGAAGAUGAAGAAGCAUAUCAGUUGUUGAGGAAAGAACUGUUUGGCAAAUGA